CCCUGGCUAGGAGGAAGGUCCAGGGAGGAGAAGGAAGAGGUGGGAGUCAGAGAGGGGAGGGUUUUGCCAUGCCCUCUCCUGGGGAUUACGCACCGGGGGAUGUGAUGCCGUUCCUGCUGCAGGAGGAAAGUUGGCCGCGCUACCACGCAGGGCUGGUUCUUCUGCCCCCCUCCGCCUGCCUCCCUCUCUCUCUCUCCUCCCUCUUCCUCCUCUUCCCGCGAGUUGAGCGCACAGUGCACCCAGGCGGUGCAGACGGCGCAGUCCCGCCGGCCGCUCGCCCUGCCCGGCUGCCGGCCCCGGUCCCACGCAGCCCCCCGUGGUCGCCACGGCCGCCGGGAUGCUGCCGGGCGCUGCGCCCGGUCGCUAAGCCGCAGCACCACCACCCCUCCUGCAGCUCUCGGCGGGAGCAUCGCGCUGCGGUUCACCUUGCAAGGAGGAAAAUGAGAGCUGCUGUCCCAGUGUGACCCACUCUAAGGUACAACAAAAUAAAGACCACUCAUCCUACUCCCUCAAACACCUCCAAGUAUGGAUGGCUUGGUUGAGAAAAACAGUGUGCUAAUGCACAAUAAGAUCGCUGAAGCCGGGAAAAGGAAUGGUUUAAUUAAUACAAGGAACUUAGUGGCAGAGAGCCGAGAUGGUCUAGUCUCUGUGUAUCCUACUCCCCAGUACCAGAGCCACCGAGCAAGCAGCCUUUCCUCUCCAAACUGCCUGGAGAAUGGCAGAAACGACCCUGUGCAGCAGCUCCUGGACCCCAACAUGCUGCAGCAGACAGUGGAGUCUCACUAUCGGCCCAACAUCAUCCUGUACUCGGAGAAUGUGCUGCACUCCUGGGGCGACAGCAUUGGCCCAGAGUGCUGUGAAACCACCUUCAUAGAGGACCAUUCCCCCACCAAAGACAGCCUGGAGUACCCGGACAGCAAGUUCAUUGAUCUCACAGUGGAUGACAUCAAGAUUCACACUCUCUCCUAUGAUGUGGAGGAAGAGGAGGAUUUCCAGGAGCUGGAGAGCGAUUACUCAAGUGACACUGAAAGUGAAGACAAUUUCCUGAUGAUGCCACCAAGAGAUCAUCUUGGCCUCACUGUGUUCUCCAUGCUCUGCUGCUUCUGGCCAUUGGGAAUUGCUGCCUUUUACCUGUCUCAUGAGGUGCUGCAAGAGACACAAACAUUCCCAGCAUGCCACUUGUAUCCUGUAUUGCAAGCGUUCCCAUGCAAUGGUAUAUACACCUCUGUUUUGCCUCCUCCACACCUCCUUUCAAGUUCCAGGUGGGAAAACGGACAAGAAAUGGGCUGAAGGCCAGUUUAGGGUCUCCCAAAACUCAAGACUGUUUUACAAUGACCUGCCGCCUCAGAGGGGAAGCCAUUGACACACAGUGACAAACUCCACCAGCUGUUCCUCCCCGGUGGUGUUGACACAGCAGCACUGGGCAGUUUGUGUACAGGUUAGGAGCAGGGAACUCAUUUCUGGUGCAAAACCCCAGCUAGGAAUAAAGGUGAGUCCUCUGGGAUCAUUAAACACAUUGUGUUAUGCCUUCACUCCCAACUCAAGGGGAACCCUUGUCUUGCACUUCCUUUGUUCAUCUUAUAAAAUUUCUUGAUUAAGUCUACUUGUAUUAGGAAUGGCUGUGCCAGGAGAUAUCCCUGGUUCCUUCCACUAGUUAUUCCCCAUCCUCAGAAAAUCCCUUUUACUGAAUUGCCUUUCAGUUUCUCCUGACAGCAAGGAAAUUUCCAAGCAGUAACCACUGGCUAGCCAUUCUGCAAGCAUUUGGGGCUUCCACACAAGCACUUGGGAUUCCCACUCUCCAGUUCCCAGGCACCUCCACCAAGUGACAACAGAGGAACUUCAGAGAUGACUUUGCAGGGCCUUGUUUGCACAGUUCUAUGAGUCAGCGUUCAUGCCAGUGUCUCUGCAACAUAAUGAGCUGCUGGUCACUUAGUCAGCAGUGGCUGUUUAGGCCACUUGGGUUGAGGGAUGCAACCCAAGCAAGGGAGAAAUCCUUUCUGUUCUCUCUGCUAGUGAAGACAAGCCAGCAAAGGAAAUAAUGCAUCCCCCUUGGCUUUGACAGUGCUGAUGAUGCUGAUGUUGGAUCACCAUGAGGGAACCAUUACAUGGCUCUAUAUUUGUGAUUUACAUAGAUUUCAUUGUAGAGGUUUACAAUAUAUGCAUUUGCUGCUCUGUUGGGAGCUGUAAAGAAGAAAAUUAUGUAAUAAAGAGCCUUCUGGUCAUGACA